CUUAUUUUUAAUACUUGUGUUUAUUUUCAUUAUGUUGCGAAUUUAGUUGGAGAGAAUUCCUCUCAGAAACUCUUACGAAGAUUUUAUAUAAAUCUCAAUCGGAGGACCGUAGUUAACGACAUAGUACAAGCAAUUCAGAGCAAG